AUGGCCGCAGAGUAUAUACAGGCCGUCGCCGGUUGUGCAGUACCUAACGCGAGCGACGGCGCGUUUCGGACCGCGCUCCGCGACGGCGUCCUGCUCUGCCAGCUGGCCAACGCUGCGUUCCCAGGCGCCGUCCAGCAGGUGCUGCUAGCCGCUGACAUCGAGCCAGGGCCCAGCGGCCUGAUCCGCCAGCGAGAGCACAACAUUGGCGGCUUCCUUGCUGCACUCAAGCGCUUAUUGCCGCCAGAGUGUGCCUUCACUCCAAGCGACUUGGACGCGGGCGAGGAAGCAGAGCGCCCCAGCGUUGCAGAGUGCGUGCUCUUCCUGCGCUCAGCCGCCGAGGCGGCGGCCGUCGCAGCCGCACCGCCGUUGGCCCGCAGCGUUUCGCCGGGCGUGCCGCCGGCGACGCCUGCGCUGCUUGAUGAGGACGCCGCAUCGCCGCCCUGCAGCGGGUCUGGCAGCGGCAGCGGCAGCAGCCCGCGCGGCAGCUGCCUGGUGGCGGCCACCAUGGAGGCCGCGCCCGCGCAGCCGGCGGUUGAGCCGUCCACUGCCACGCCGCGCCGCCUCAGCGGGGCGGGGCAUUUUGGCACGCCCGGUGGCGACGGCAACAGCGGGGGCGGAGGCGGCGCGAGCACGGCGCGCCUGGCAACGACGAACUCGAUGUCUUCGGGCCGCGCGACGAGCGUGUACGGAGGCUCCACCAGCACCGAGCAGUACCGCGCGCUUGCGCUUGGCGGCAUGCACUCAAACCAGCAGCAAACCUCGCCCGUGUCACACCUCAGCACAGAAGAGGCGUACCAGCUCGGCCUCCAGCACCAGCAAUCCGGCUACGCUCAGUACCAACCACCUAUGCACCAACCAUCACUGGUGCACCACCAGUCUCUCGCGCAGCAGCAACAGCAGCAGCAGCAACAGCAGCAGCAGCAGCAGCAGCAGCUGUAUCAGCAGCAGCAGCAGCAGCAGCAGCAGCAGUUUGACGCAGAGCAGCAGCAGCAGCAGCAGCAGCACCUUGGCCUGUUGGGAGCCGUCUCCAAAGGAGGCGGCCCCGCGCUGCCAGCGCCGCUUCGUCACAGUGGCGUCUACCCCUCCCAGGCGUAUGAGCCCAGUCCGGGCCUGCCCCUCAUUCAGUCUGCCUCUGCAGCGCUCCCGCCAAUGCCGACCGGCCCCUACAUGGGCGCGAGCGGCAUGGGCCUGUCGGCCCCGCGCGGCCCCGGCGGGCAGUCCGUGGCCGGCGUGACGCGCCUCAUGCAGCAGUGCAGCAGCAUGCUCCGGGAGCGGAUGUACAUGGGGGCUGGGAACGCGGGGCAGAUGGGCGGCGUGCGCAGCAGCUAUGGCAGCCAGGCGUCGUUCGACCCUCAGGAGGUGCUGUUCCCUGUGGUGGAUUCGGUGCUGGGCCAGAUCACCCAGGAGUACGAGAAGCGGCUGCUGCAGAAAGACCACGAGCUCAGCAGCGCGCGGGACAGGGCCGCGAUGGCGCUGCGCGAGGCGUCCGAGAUGCAGGAGCGCCUGCAGCUGGCGGAGGGCGAGCGUCGCCGCGACAACGCAGCCGCCGCCGCAGGUGCAGCCGAGGCUGGGACCGCGAGCGUCGCCUGCCAGCGAGCAGAAGUGGAGUCCCUGCGGGCGGCGCUGCGCGAUCGCGACGCGGCGCUGCAGCAGAGGGACUCCGAGCUGGCUGCGCUGCAGGGCAGGGCGGACGAGGGCGCGCGUGCGCGUGCGGGGCGGGAGGCAGCGCUGCAGUCGAAGCUUGAGGAGGCGAGGCGCGAGCUCGAGGAGUCGGAGGACCUGUCGGCGCGGUACAGGGCGCUGGUGGAGCAGAACCGCGCGCUCUACAACGAGGUGCAGGACCUCAAGGGCAGCAUUCGCGUGUUCUGCCGCAUCAGGCCGCCGGGCGCGACCGGGGACAGCAGCCGCAGCUGCGUUGACGUGAGCGAAGAGGAGGAUGUGGUCGCCGUGUACAACCCCACCAAGGACGAGCACCGGGAGUUCCGGGUCAACCGCGUGUUUGACCCAAGCGCCAGCCAGGACGCGGUGUACGAAGACACACAGCCGCUCGUUCGCUCGGUGCUGGACGGCUACAACGUGUGCAUCUUUGCCUACGGCCAGACCGGCAGCGGCAAGACCCACACCAUGAGCGGCACCGACGUGCACCAGGAACAGGGGCGCGGCAUCAACUACCGCGCCCUUGACGACCUGUUCGCGAUCCGCGACGCGCGGCAGGACGAGGUGGACUACCGCAUCACAGUGCAGAUGCUGGAGAUCUACAACGAAAACCUGAGGGACCUCCUGGCCGACGGCGCCAGCCCCUACUCUUCCGCGCCGCGCCUGGACAUCCUCAGCACCCAGGGCAGCGGCUGCAACGUGCCGGGCGCGGUGCAGCUGGAAGUGGACAACUCGGACGACGUGGUCGCGCUGAUGGCGCGCGGCGCCGGCAACCGCGCCACCAGCGAGACCAAGAUGAACGAUAGGAGCAGCCGCAGCCACCAGAUCCUGACGGUGAUUGUCGACGGCGUCAGCCACGUCACCGGCUCCCGCAGCCACGGCUGCCUGCACCUCAUCGACCUCGCCGGCAGCGAGCGCGUCAGCAAGAGCGAGGCGUCGGGCGACCGCCUGAUCGAGGCGCAGCACAUCAACCGCAGCCUCAGCGCCCUUGGUGACGUCAUCGCCGCCCUGGCAGGACGCAACAGCCAUGUGCCGUUCCGCAACAGCAAGCUGACUCAGCUGCUGCAGGACAGCCUGUGCGGCCAGGCCAAGGCAAGUGGAACGGGUGCAGCCAGAGCACAGGCGCACGUGGUGCUGGUGAUGAUGUUCAUGCACAUCAGCCCGGAGUCGAGCAUGUACGGCGAGAGCGUGUCCACCCUCACCUUCGCAAAGAGGGUUGCGGAGGUCACACUGGGCCAGGUGGGCCCCCUCCUCUCUGCAGCCCCUCCCUGA